CCGCGUGAGUUCCCCACUGGCUGCUCUGAAAAGCCAUCUUUGCAUUGUUCCUGUGGCCGCCUCUCCGCUCGUCGCAGCCACCUCCGCCGCGCGCCUCCUCCGCCGCCGCGGACUCCGGCAGCUUCUUCGCCAGAGUCCUCCAACUCUCGCUUUGAAAAAAAAAAAUCCGCUACAUCGGAUCACCGGCGUGCCCCACCAUGUCAGACACAGCCGUGGACACCAGCUCUGAGAUCACCACCAAGGACUUGAAGGAGAAGAAGGAAGUUGUGGAGGAGGCGGAGAACGGAAGAGAUGCGCCUGCGAACGGGAACGCUGAGAACGAGGAGAAUGGGGAGCAGGAGGCCGACAAUGAGGUAGAUGAAGAAGAGGAGGAAGGAGGGGAGGAGGAAGAGGAGGAGGAGGAGGGUGAUGGUGAGGAAGAAGAUGGAGAUGAAGAUGAGGAGGCCGAGGCAGCUACGGGGAAACGGGCAGCUGAAGAUGACGAGGAUGACGAUGUUGACACCAAGAAGCAGAAAACCGACGAGGAUGACUAGACAGCAAAAAAGGAAAAGUUAAACUUAAAAAAAAAAAAGGCCGCCGUGACCUAUUCACCCUCCACUUCCCGUGUCAGAAUCUAAACUCAGAACCUAAACGUGGUCACCUUCGAGUAGAGACUCCCACCCGCCUGCCCGCCCACUGCGGGCAGCGCCACCCGCAGAUGACACGCACUCUCCACCACCCAACCAAAACCACAACGUGAAUUUGCAACAGGGGAGGAGAAAAGAACCAAAACUUCCAAGGCCCUGCUUUUUUUCUUAAAAGUACUUUAAAAAGGAAAAUUUGUUUGUAUUUUUUAUUUACAUUUUAUAUUUUUGUACAUAUUGUUAGGGGUCAGCCAUUUUUAAUGAUCUCGGGAUGACCAAACCAGCCUUUGGAGCGUUCUCUGUCCUACUUCUGACUUUACUUGUGGUGUGACCAUGUUCAUUAUAAUCUCAAAGGAGAAAAAAAACCUUGUAAAAAAAGCAAAAACAACAACAAAAAAACAAUCUUAUUCCGAGCAUUCCAGUAACUUUUUGUGUAUGUACUUAGCUGUACUAUAAGUAGUUGGUUUGUAUGAGAUGGUUAAAAGGCCAAAGAUAAAAAGGUUUCUUUUUUUCCUUUUUUUGUCUGAAGUUGCUGUUUAUUUUUUUUGGCCUGUUUGAUGUAUGUGUGAAACAAUGUCCAACAAUAAACCGGAAUUUUAUUUUGCUGAGUUGUUCUAACAAA